AUCUUCGUAUUUACGCAGGCCUGAAAUCAGUCUAGUACGACAAUGCAUGCCAUGGGGCAGUUCCCAACUUCCGAUCGUACCAUUAACAAGCGGUCUGGAGCGACGCACAUUCUUGCCGGAAAUCUUAGACGGAGACUCAAUUGUUACUGUUGCAUCUAUCUUCUUGAUAUAAGGCUUCCCUGCUAGUGUGUUAGUUUCAGAUAAGCUAUCGGAGUCAUCGAUUCAGUGGAUGAAAAUUUCGCUCGCCACUGAGGAGCCGGGGCUAUAAAGGCUCGCACCACAGCUGCCGGGUCACCUCAGGCUUAUUGAUAGUCUUGUCAUUCAAUCACACUCAGCCUGCGAUGCGCAACGUCACUGAACUCGUCGCUCUCGGCCUGAUUGUUUUGUUGAUGUUAACGAUCUCCUUCCAUAUGGUAGUCCGCCGGCCCACUAGACAUCUGCCACCCGGGCCUCAUCCUAUUCCCAUCGUAGGCAGCGCGCACCAAAUACCAGCUGGUUAUCCGUACAAGAGGUUCCAUGAGUGGUCGAAGUUGUACGGAAACAUUUUAUACACUCCAAUCCUUGGUUAUUCGGUCUUGGUUCUGAACUCUUUGCCUGUGGCGAAGGAGUUGCUCGAUCGAAGAGGUUCGAAGUAUUCAGACCGGCCCAAAUUUACAUUGAUGACCGAGCUAAUUGGCUGGGAUCGCGUUGCCGCUUUCCUACCCUAUGGCAAGCGCUGGCGUCGGCAAAGGCAGUGGAUACAAGCUGCCUAUAACAGUCCUGAAACCAUCACGGAUUUCCGGGUCCUGCAGCGGCGAGAGACGUGCUUUCUCUUGUCGGAGUUGUGCGAACACCCUAAAGAGGCCAAGGUGCAUUUCAAGCGGUUUACCGGUGCACUGAUCCUUGAGACUGCUUACGGACAUGGCCUGAGGUCGCGAAAGGACAAGGCGUUGCAUGACAUGAUUGAGGUCGUCGAAGGAACGACCGCAACCGGAGUCAUAGCAGCUACUCUAGUGGAUCUGAUCCCUCCACUGAAAUAUAUACCGACGUGGAUGCCCGGAGCUGGAUUCAAGCGCAAGGCACUGAGGCUCAAAACGCUGCUGAGAAAGGUCACGAAUGAACCAUUCCAGAAAGUUAAACGCGAACUAGCAGUGGGAACUUCCCGACAAUGCUUUGUUGCAUCUCUUCUCCACGACCCUGGCAGAUCACAGUGGCCAGAAGACUACGAAGAAGAUAUCAAAGGAGCCGCCUCGGUCUUGUAUGCAGCCGGCAUUGAUACAUCAGCUAUUGCACUUUCGACCUUUCUGCUCGCAAUGGUCAUGCAUCCGGAAGUUUACCGAAAGGCACAAGACGAGAUCGACAAAGUGGUCGGCAAUCAGCGCUUGCCGGAGCUCGAAGAUCGCGCAUCUCUUCCAUUCCUUGAGUGCGUUCUCAAGGAGGUGUACCGAUGGAAUCCGCCGCUUCCUCUAGGUAUAACGCAUAGGUUGAUGGCCGACGACGAGUAUCGAGGCUUUGACCUUCCCGGCGGCUCGAUGGUAAUAUCGAACAUAUGGGGAAUGAUGCGCGAUGAGGAUCUGUACCCAGAGCCAGAUACAUUUAAUCCACAGCGUUUUGCGGAUAUGGAUUCCAAAACUGCAGACCUGACGGACCCAAGAAAGGCCGUCUUUGGUUUUGGUAGACGGAUUUGUCCCGGUCGCCACUUUGCGGAUGCCAAUGCAUGGAUGGCGAUCGCGAAUAUCGUCGCUACCCUGAAUAUUCGGAGAGCCCGCGGCGCUGACGGAAAGGAGAUCAUCCCUGUCGCCUGUUUCGCUCCUGGAAUCGCGAGUUAUCCUGCGGAAUUCAAGUGCGACAUACGCCCUCGCUCAGAGAAGCUCUCAGCAUUGAUCUUCGAAGUAAUCAAUGCAACAUCAGAUUGAGGUCAAAUGCACGAAUGCGGGCCGGCUGAAAGAUCCCAAUUCCCGGAAAUUUCGGCGGGUGCGCGAAGGAAAUAGGUGAUUUGGUCCGUCCUGCGGUGGACGUUGAUGUCGCAAGUAAAGUAAUAACAUUGAGCCGAGGCGUGUACGACAUCCCUGAAUGCGACAUACACGACUCUCGUUCUGUGAACCAGUCGCCUGCAUUUUUUUGCAUAAGAUUCUCAUCAUAUGUACUCUAAAUGCUUUUGAUGCCUGUUCAAAAGCACGAAUGCCGUGAAUGUUGCUCAACGGCCGAGCAUCUCUUCAUCCACUCGACCGGGGAAACUUGUCCUAUUGGUCGAUUCAGCAGGGCCGCC